AUGGCAUUUGACACGGUGUUGCCUCAACUCAUAGGGGGGAGCUUCCUUGUUUACAAUGGCAAGAUAUAUGCCCCAGUAAAGGUCUCCGAAGAGAUGACUGGUCACAAGUUCCGGGGGUUUGCAACUACCCGGAAAGGGCCCACUCACCAGCUCACUGGGACUCUGACUAGCCUCGGCCUCAAAGCUGAUGGCCUUCGAUCCUGGCCGUGA